GGUCCCAGAGACGGCAAUCCAGACACCUUGCCUCCACCGUCCCGGGCCCCGGAUCUUGGACGUGGACAUGGCCGUGGACGUCGUACGCAUGAUGCUGCGACUGCCUUGUGUGGACGGCAUGGGGGAACGUUUUGCCGAGACGCGUUCUUUGUAUUCUUAAGUUAGGACAGGCCCCAGGGCGCCAACGCGCAAGCUCAGAGAGCAAACUCCACUCGCGCAUCCCCCCGCCAUGUCUGAUCGCGAGUUUGGCGGCAACGAUGACCUGUCGCUGCCGAAAGCGACGGUGCAAAAGAUUGUCCAGGACAUCCUAGCCAGCGAGCCCGGCAUGACCUUUGCGAAAGACUCGCGCGACCUGCUCAUCGAGUGCUGCGUCGAGUUCAUCACGCUCAUCUCCUCCGAGGCUAACGAGAUCGCCGAGAAGGAAGCCAAGAAGACAAUAGCCUGCGAGCACGUCAAGGCGGCACUGGAAGAGCUGGACUUUGGCGACUACGUGCCGGCCGUACUCGAGGUCGCGGCAGACUACAAAAAGCAGCAGCAGAAUCGCGAGAAGAAGCAAACCAAGAUCGAGCAGAGCGGCAUGACGGAAGAGGAGCUCAUCCGCGCCCAAGAAGAGCUGUUCCGCUCAGCGACGGACAAGUUCAACGCCGCGCCGCAAUAGCAGGCUUGGGCAUGACGACGAGCACGACGGGAGUCUUUCAAGCGGCGUUAAGGUGUUGACCACACGGGUCCCAGGGUCUGA